AUGGCUAGGAAAGGUGCAUUCGAAAAUAAUUACGAUGACUACACAGUUGAAGUGGCAACUAAUAUUCUUAACAAGACUGGAGACGGGAUAUCUGAAAUAUUUUCACUGAAAUUAGAUAAAUUUAAACAAUUGAAAUUCCAACUUCUGAAAUCCAAAAUGCAAAAAGAUAUUUUCUAUGAUGGUACUAUAUACACAGGCUCUGCUGGAAUGGCGUUAUAUUAUUUAAUGCAAGGGAUCAGAAAACCCGACAAUCCCGAAUAUCUUCAGACAGCUGCGAAGUAUAUCGACGUUCAAAAUUUAAAAGGACGGAGAAUCAGCUUCCUAUGUGGGGAUGCCGGACCACUUGCUAUAGCCACUAUUAUAGCUUACAAACUAGGCAGCACACGUCCAGAGACCUUGCCUGAUUAUGAAACUUUAGCUCAAAGGCUGCAGGCUUUGAUUUCAUUAUUGAACGAUUCUCCAGAUGAAAUUUUGUAUGGCAAAUCUGGAUAUCUCUAUGCGUUAUUGUUUGUUAGCAAACAUAUUCCCGAAGAAGAUAUUAUACCAGGAAGUCACUUCGAAAUGGUGAUUUCUAGUAUCAUGAAAUCGGGAAAAGAAUUUGCUGCUCACAGGAGUUCUGAAAGCCCAUUGUUGUGGCAAUGGCAUGAUAAAGUGUAUUUUGGCGCGGCACAUGGAAUGGCUGGUAUUCUGUACAUUUUACUUCAGGCUCGUGCUUACAUUAAUAUUAUGGAUAUAAAGUGUUUAGUUAAGCCCACUAUCAAUUGGCUAUUGAGUCAACGAUUCACGAGUGGUAAUUUCCCAUCAUCCGUGGGUAGUGCUUCUGGAGAUAGACUGGUGCAGUGGUGUCAUGGUGCACCUGGAUUUAUAGCAUUGUGUACCUUAGCUGCUGAAGUUUUUGAAGACGAUAAAUAUUUAAAAAUAGCCCAACACUCAUGUGAAGUUAUAUGGGAACGGGGUCUCAGUACUAAGGGGUAUAGCUUGUGUCAUGGAGUUAGUGGUAAUGCCUAUUCAUUUCUGCAGAUGUAUCAAAUCACUAAGGAAUAUGCUGUACCCUACUUCGGUAAUAUUGCCCACUAA